AUGCCGAAAGAUAGAACUAUCGGUGUAGCUUUGGACUUCUCCAAAAGCAGCAAGAAUGCUCUCAAAUGGGCUCUUGAAAAUUUAGCUGAUAAAGGUGACAACAUUUACAUCAUCCACAUCAGCCAAGAUUCCAUUGAUGAAUCUCGGAAUCAGCUAUGGUCCAAAUCUGGUUCUCCUUUGGUUCCUUUGAAAGAGUUCAGAGAACCUGAGAUCAUGAAAAAGUAUGGGGUUCAAAUUGAUGUUGAGGUUCUUGAUUUGCUUGACACUUUUUCAAGACAAAAAGAGGUGAAUGUUGUUAUAAAAGUGUAUUGGGGUGAUGCAAGAGAGAAACUUAUGGAUGCUGUUGAAGAUCUGAAGCUGGAUUCUCUUGUUAUGGGAAGCAGGGGUCUCAGCACAAUUCAAAGGAUCUUAUUGGGAAGUGUAAGCAAUUUCGUGAUGACUAAUGCUCCUUGCCCUGUGACUAUCGUCAAGGACAAUGUCAGCACCAGCAGCAAGUAA